UGCGGAGGGUUUUGGGGGCGCACCGCCGGAGCAUGACAGGGCCUCGCCCGCAGCCCCUGCCCGACCCCCGGCCCCCGGGACCCAUGGAGGGGGACGUACUGGACGCCCUGGAGGCGCUGGGGUACCAGGGGCCUCUGCUGGAGGAGCAGGCUCUGGUGGCGGCGGUGGAGAGCGGGCUGUCCAGCCCAGCGUUCUCUGAGCUCUGCAUCUGGCUUGGCGCCCAGAUCAAGCCGCUGGGCCACUUGGAAGAGAGCAUCACCUCCGCAGCAGGUGGAGAAGACAUAGAGAGCUUCCAGCUGGAAGUGAGCGGGUUCCUGAAGGAAAUGGCCUGCCCCUACGCAGCUCUGGUCUCCGGCGAGAUCAAAGACCGGCUACGGAAGAAGGACGACUGCUUGAAACUCCUCUUGUUUCUGAGCUCGGAGCUGCAGGCCCUGCAGAUCACGCAGAGGAAGCAGCUGGCCGGCGCGCGGGCCGACAAGAAAGGGGAGAUGUACCGCGAAGUCCGGGCCGUGUGUGACACGCUGGGCGUGCCCGAGUUGGCCGCUCCUGACGUCCCCCUCCUCCUGCACAGCGUGGAGGCCAAGGUGCAAGACAUCCUCUCCAAGGUUCACAGUGACCACGUGGGAAAGCCACUGCUGCAGACGGCCUUGAAUCCCGGCCAGGCGGAACGGCUGGAAGCCAUCAACAAGGCCCUCACCAGCGAGUACGAAUGUCGCCGGCGGAUGCUGAUGAAGCGGCUGGACGUCACCGUGCAGUCGUUCGGCUGGUCCGAGAGAGCCAAGGUGAAGACGGACGACAUCGCCAGGGUUUACCAGCCCAAGCGCUAUGCGUUGUCCCCCAAGCCCACCGUCAGCGUGGCCCACCUCCUAGCCGCCCGCGCCGACCUGUCCAAGAUCGUCCGCACCAGCAGCGGCUCCUCCCGCGACAAGACCGCCUGCCCCAUCAAUAAGGUGCUGAUGGGAAGGGUGCCUGACCGGGGUGGGCGGCCCACGGAGAUCGAGCCCCCGCCACCAGAAAUGCCCCCAUGGCAGAAAAGACAGGAAGGUGGAGGCAGAGGGGGCUGGGGUGGGCGAGGGGGUGGUGGGCGAGGUGGGGGCGGGCGAGGAGGUGGAGGCUGGGGCGGUGGGGGUGGAGGCUGGGGUGGGGGGGGCGGAGGUGGAGGUGGAGGCUGGGGCGGUGGGGGCGGAGGUGGAGGCUUUGGGGGUAGGGGAGGCUACGGUGGCGGGCGUGGAGGGAACUACGGUGGGCGCGGGGGGGGCUACGGAGAUCCUUAUGGAGGCGGAGGAGGGGGCUACCGGCGUUAUUGAGGAGGAGGGAGCGGCUGAGGCCGCCACCGCUGGACUGUGCCUGCUGUCUGUCUGUGACGCAAAGCUGGUCUUUUGUGUAGACACUGAGUUAGGGCCCCUUGUGGGUCACCCCCGCCCCUUCCUUGUGUGUCCUUGGAGCAGCCUGGAUUUUUAAAGAAAAAGCAGAAAAGCGAAUAAAAAUGAAUUUGUA